UCAGUUUACUGGAUCGCUCUAUCAGUGUCUCGUCCAAGAACAAAAGAGCUUGUUCAUUUUCAAUUUCGAAUCUGGUUCACUCGUAUCCGGCCCAAUAACCUGGACACAUUCUCACUGCGCCUCUCUGCGCCAUCGUUCUGGGCACAAAACGACCCCAAUCCGAACCAAAGGGUAAAAAGGCCAUAUCCAUUACGGUUUACCAAGUAGUAUACGAGAAGAAAGAAAGAAAGAAUUCAAGCAAGAACCAAAACCAUGAGCGGGGUCCAACCAGCCAACGCCGACGCCCCCAUCCCCUCGAUCUUCGAAUCCCGCAAACGCAAGAUCCUAGCGGAACUCUCUGUCCCAGACGCAGAGUACACGGAUCUGUCGCCCAAGGGGUCCGUGGAUGUUGCGAUCCGCGAUCUCAUCCGUGAGAUUAAUGAUGUCCCGGGUCUGGUCACGACGAGUAGUUGCGCUGGGCGGAUUAGCGUUUUCCUUGAGGGGAGGAAGAAGGUGAAACAGACGCAGCAGCAACAGCUACAGCAACAGACGCAAGAGGAGGGAGAGGCAGGAGGACAGGCGCGUCAGUUUGUCCCGUCUGGGGGGAAGGGUGCGGGGAGGUGGCUGUUUGUUUCUCAUGAUCCUUUGUUGGAGGGUGAGGAGUCUGAGGGACGGUGGCGGGGAGAGGCUGGUUCCUUUUCUUCGUUGCAUGAGUUGUUUGGGAUGGUGAAGGGGGAUGGUCGGCCUCCUAGGGUGGGUGGAGAUGGAAGUGGAAAAGGUGGGAGGGCUCCGCGGUUGGUGCGCUUUCAUUAUGAUCCUAUGAUCCUACAUAUCAUGACAGCUACGCUCAAUCACGCCAAUCCCGUCUUAUCAGCUGCUUCGAGCGCCGGAUUCCGCGAAAGCGGACUGCAGGGUCUCCGCUGUCUGGAGGGAGAGGACGGACCUAGUCCCAUUGUCGCUGUUCGCUCCGCGGGACUGUCUCUCGAGUCGGUAAUUGGGUACUGCGAGGAUGACGGUGAUGAUGGUGAUGACGACAGUCAACCAGUUGUGCGAAGCUUGGUCACGGAAGAGUACCUUGAGAUGUUGAUCGCUAUAUCGAACGAGCGGUUCGCUGUCAACGAUGAGCGGAAAGAGCGAUUCCGGGCGUCGCUGUCGAAAGCCUACUCCGUGUCGGGGCCUGGCGGUACCAAGUCCAAGGGGAAGGCGAAGCCUCCUGGGUGGGAAGAUCCUGAGGCCCGGAGGAAGAGGAUGAGGGAGGAGGGGUUGAUGAGGAAGAAGCUACUUGACAGUCAGGGUGAAGCUGAACGAACGUCUCGAGAUGGUGAAGACGAUUCGAUUGACAGCUGACGAUGUUAC